UGUUCAACUUAAGUUACUAAAGAUUAUUCAAUUGGGCUCACAAAUUAUUUCAUUAAAAGCUAAAAUCUGAUUGUGUGGCAUAACAUUCAUCAUAACGUUAAUUGAAGAUGCACGAAAACUUACAUGAGUCAUCGUGUAGAUGACCGUUGUGGCUUACUUUCUAUACAAUAGUAACUAAAAUACUCAAAAAUGUCUGAGGUAAAAGGGACGAAGGCCUUGGAAUUAUGGUGUAAACGCCUAAUUAAGGAUUGCCCUAACGUGCAGAUUGAUAAUAUGACUACGUCAUGGAGAAAUGGCAUCGCUUUCUGUGCAUUAGUUCAUCACUUCAGGCCUGACUUAAUAGAUAUAUCAAGUUUAAAACCGGAAAACAUUUAUGAAAACAACCAGCAGGCAUUUAGUAUUGCAGAGAAACAUCUGGGAAUUCCCGCGCUGUUGGAUCCUGAGGAUAUGGUGGAAAACGAAGUACCCGACCGAUUGUCUAUUCUCACUUAUUUGUCUCAGUUUUAUCAACGUCUGGGCCACACAGUAAACACUAAAGCCUCUGAAAAUGAAGCCAAGACCCCAGAGCCUCCAUCAACCUCUACAGCAGCGGCACCAUUCAAAUUUGGAAAGACAGGUCUAGACAAGUGUGCUGCAUGCGGCCUGCCUGUUUACCUCGCACAGCGUCUCAUGGUCUCAUACAAGCUCUAUCAUAGGAGAUGUUUCCGUUGCUCCAAGUGUAAGGGUCACUUGAACCCCAAGAAUUUCCAAAUUAUCGAAGGAUCUGAAUUUUUUUGUGAUAGUUGCAAAAAUGAAAAGACAAUGCCUGCAUUUCUUAAUAAUAAUGACCAAAUAGGAAUGUUAGCAUUUCAUGAAGACUUGUCUAAACCUAAUGAGCUCGCCAGUGAAGAGCCUAUUGUCCCAAAACAUAAGACAAGGCCUCAGUCAAUCUUAGAGAAAAUAAGCAUGUUCGAAAAGCAAUCAGAUAAAGAAGUUAAUCUAGAAGACAAGUUAGUAAAUAUGUCUUUAUCUGACAAUUUAGAUAGUAAACUUGAAGACAGUACACCUAGUGUUUUAAACACAAGCAAGUUUCAACCUCAGGCAGCAGACAACAAGGAGUCAGUAGUUGACAAUGCCGGUGCUAAAGAAAAUACCGAAUUAUUUAAACAAAACCCUGAAAAAGUUUACAAGAGCAAUAUAAAUCAAUUUAAUUUCUUACAAACGCAACUCGCUGAAGAUACUAAUGGUGACAAUCAGUAUAAUUUGGCAAUUAGCGAUACUGAGAUCCAACAUGAAAAAUUUAACGAUUCGAAAGAUGAUAACGAAAUCGGUGAUUCUGGUUUUAAGGAAAAAUUUGACUCCAUUGAAAGUGUGCGUAAAGACAAGAGUAAUAUAACUGAUGAUAUUAGAAUAGCGAAAAAUGGUUUUAACUCGCCGCCUGAGACUGAGUGUUCUCCAACAGAAACAAAUGAAUCUAGUAUUAUUGAGCCUCAAAUAUCGAUUAGUGUACCUCCACGGAAGAAAAAAAACCUUACGCCGAGUGGAAAAACGUCAGUUAAAAAAGCGGACAAUCAGAAAACAGUCGACACUAAACUAUAUCCCGACCAUUUAAACCCGUUUUCGGACGAUGAAGAAGAGGAGGAAUCCAGUAAAGAGACGUCCAAGCCAGUGAGCACUAAUCCUUUUGGCAGCAGCGACGAGGAAGACGACGAUGUGCCGCCGAUCCAUCCUCCGAGACUGCCCACUGGACAAACCUCUACUCCCACGAAACGCUUGAUAGCCGCCAACCCCUUUUGGUCCGACGGUGAGGAACCCUCGUCCGAUGAUGAACCUCAUAAUGGAAGUACAAACAUGUACAAGUCGUCAUUGACCACAAGCACGCCGAACCUGCCGAGCGGCCGCCGGAAGAAGGUGAAGGCGCCGCCGCCGCCGCCAGUUCUCAAGGUCACCGAGGUCCCCGCCACGUCCAUGGACGAUGUCGCGAGCAUAUCCUCGCUCAGCUCCUACACGUCCACCGUACAUUCUGACCAAAAAUCAUAUGGCAUGUCAACUCCAAGGCUAAAAAAGAAACGUAUUGCGCCGACACCUCCCGACAGCAUGUCCAUGUCCGCCAUGUCCGGCUGUGGCUCUAUGGAAAGAGGCGUCGACCACUCCGACAUAAAGAACAACUCUGAUGGUGGACGUCGUCUGAAAGGCCCGGCGCCCGGCCUUCCGCUGCCGGAGCGGCGCGAAGUGAAAAUGCAGAUGUCCCCCGAAGAGCUGCAGGUGCAACUCGACAUGCUGGAGACACAGCAGCUGGGCCUGGAGCGGCAGGGCGUGCUCAUCGAGCAGAUGAUCAGGGACAAGUGCGAAGGAGAGGAUGCAGUACCAGCGCCGCAGGAGGAGGUGGAAGAUCUCGUCAUCCAACUCUGCGAGCUGGUCAACGAGAAAAACGAUCUGUUCAGGAAACAAACGGAGCUCAUGUACAUUCGGCGUCAGCAGCGAUUGGAGCAAGAACAAGCCGAUAUCGAGCACGAAAUCAGGGUGAUUCAGUCGCGGCCCGCGGUUAAUCGCAUCGAUGCCGAUAAGGCCCGCGAAGACCAGCUGGUGUCGCGGCUGGUGCAGAUCGUGCGCAUGCGCGACGAGCUCGUGCAGCAGAUCGACUCCGAGCGCCGCCGCGAGCGCCAGGAGGACCUGGCCAUCGCCAGCUCCAUCGCCACCAAGCGGGCUCAAAGGAACAGUGACUCUAACAGCUCAUCAAUGAAAUCGACGGAGGUUGUACCGACGCCCAAGAAAAACAAAGUAAAAGACAAAGUUAAAAAGCAGUUCAAGAAAGCAAAGCACACUCUCAUUUCAAAGAAAAAAGAUGAUUCAGACAAAAAAGAGGCAAAACCCGAAAAAGAAAAGAAAUCGAAACAAUAAGAUGUUAAAAUGAUUAAGUGUAAAAAUAGCAAGAAAGGACAAGGAAAAUUAAAACAAUACUUGGAACAAUUGGACGUAGUUUAGCGUAAAAGAUCCAUCCUCUAAAAUUUGUCAUUUAAAUGAACGACUUUUCCGUUUGACAGAAAGUUCAAAUUUGACUAACAGAUUUUUGUGG